CGAGGACAUUUAACAGAGGCUGGUGUGGGUGUUGGACUCCAAAGUCAGGUGUUCGCAGCCUGUAGCUCCAGAUCUUGUAUCCAUGGCCCCUCGUAAAGCCCGCGAGCGAGAAGUGCUCGAAUCCUUCUACCCCGUCGUCGCUCUCGUCUUCAUUCUAGUCGCCUGCGUCGAGCUCUGUGACGCCGCCACCGUCGUCGACGUCUACCGUCUCAUUCAGUACGACAUCUCCGGUGUUCCCUUUGGAUCCCGCGCCGCCACACUCAAUCACCAUGCUGGGUCGCUUCAUUUUCCUCCCGGUGCUGAUCUCUCUCGCACGGUUGUGAUCAUUCCUCUUUGUGAACUCAAUAUCACCUUUGUUAAAGAAUGCAUAUCUCAAAAAAAGCRUCUGGGAGGUCUGCUGUUUUUGCUUCCCAAGAUAUUUGGUUCGGAUGACACGAAAAACGAUGGUACUAAAUGUCCAAAUAAUGGGGAGGGUACGGUCAAGAAUUUACUGGGUGAACUUGAACGAUUACUAGUACAUGAAAAUAUACCCUAUCCUGUAUAUUUUGCUUCAGAAGGUGAAGAUAUUGGUGCUGUUUUGGCUGAUGUCAAGAGGAAUGAUGCUACUGGUCAGCUUGCAACUGCAACUACUGGCGGGUACAAGCUUGUUGUUUCGGCAGCAGAACCAAGGAAACUUGUAUCUUCCACGAUUACUAAUAUCCAGGGGUGGCUGCCUGGACUAAAAUCUGAUGGAGAUGCAAGUCAACUCCCAACAAUUGCUAUUGUAGCAUCAUAUGAUACAUUCGGCGCUGCCCCUGAAUUAUCUGUGGGAAGUGACAGCAAUGGAAGCGGAAUUGUUGCACUUCUUGAAAUUGCAAGGUUAUUCUCUCUGCUUUAUUCCAACCCUAAGACGAGAGGAAGGUACAAUCUACUUUUUGGGCUCACUUCUGGCGGACCUUACAACUAUAAUGGGACUCACAAGUGGCUUCAAAGCUUCGAUCACCGUCUCCGCGAGAGUAUUGACUAUGCUAUUUGCUUAAAUAGUAUUGGCUCAUGGGAUGACAAAUUAUGGCUGCAUGUCUCCAAGCCUCCAGAAAAUGUCUACAUCAAGCAAAUCUUUGAAGAUUUCUCAAAUGUUGCUGAGGAUUUGGGAUUUAAAGUUGAUCUGAAGCACAAGAAGAUUAAUAUUUCAAAUCUUCGAGUAGCCUGGGAGCACGAACAGUUUUCAAGACUGAGAGUUACGGCUGCUACCCUUUCUGAACUCUCUGCUGCUCCUGAGCUUUUGGAAAGGACUGGAGGCUUAGUGGACAACAGAUUGUUUUUGAAUGAAAGUGCAAUUGCCAAGAGUAUCAAGCUAGUUGCGGAGAGUCUUGCUAGGCAUAUUUAUAGAUAUGAAGGAAAGAACAUACAAGUAUUUGCAGAUGAUAGUAGUUUGGCAGUCAAUCCAACUUAUAUUCGAUCAUGGCUGGAUCUUUUGUCACGAAUGCCUCGAGUUGCUCCAUUUCUGUCGAAAGAUGACCCCUUCAUAUUGGCAUUAAAAAAGGAACUGGAGGUACAUACCCAUGAUGUGAGCAUGCAACAUGAGGCAUUUGAUGGGAUGUUCACCUUUUAUGAUUCUACUGCAGCCAAACUUCACAUAUACCAGGUUGCUAGCGUGACCUUCGACUUGCUUUUGCUUUUGGUCUUGGGAUCAUAUUUAGUAUUACUCUUCUGUUUUCUUGUAAUCACAACUAGGGGUCUCGAUGAUCUGAUCGGUCUAUUUAGACGCCCUCCAUCCCGAAAAGUCAAAACAGCUUGAUGACUGCAGUAGAUUUUGAUGCUUGGAUUUACAUCAUUCCUGCCCGAAUUUUUUGCCAUCUAGAUUAGACAGACAGGCGUAGGAUGGGGUCCAAUGUGACAAGGUGUCAAACCAAUCAUCACAGCUCGAGGAACUUAAGGUUUCAUGUGGCGUUCCUUGCAGGUUUUUCUCUUUUCUCUUGACAUCGUUUAGUUAUCAUCUGUGCCAUAAUAACAAACAGUUGCUGAGAACUCUCUAGGUGCAAAAAGUUUUUGUUUGCUCUCCAUAUUUAAGGUUUGUGGCUUCCAGUUUUUGACUACGAUUUGUUUCCUGAGAAUUUGUUGAGUCUAUUAUUUCUUGCACAGUUGAUGUUAGUGGCAAUAGAUUCAGUUGGAACAGUUACAGUUAUCAAAGUGGUUGUCUUUCUCACUACUCUCUCAGAGAAUUUGUUGGGUUUCUUUUUUUUCUUUAGCA